AUGCCGCCCAGUCAGCAAAUGAAGGCCUGGCAGUUGUCCUCGCCUGGCCACUUCGAGAAGAACCUGAAACUCCACGAUGACCUCCCCCGUCUCCCCAUUGGUCUCGAGACCGACCAGCUCUUCAUUCAGGUCCUCAGUGCUGGUAUCAACCCUGCAGAUUAUAAGGUCCCCGAACUUGGAGUCUUUGCGCACGCCAUGGUUGAGUUCCCCAAGACUGCGGGCAUGGAUUUCUGCGGCCGUGUUGUUGCCGUGGGCAAGACGAUUGGCGACAUCCGUCCCAGUGAUCUGGUUCUGGGACGUCUUGAGCCGUCCGGCUCCGAGGGUUCUCUCGCCGAGUUCAUCGUCGCAUCAUACGAGGAUGUGGCCAAGGUUCCCACCAGCGUCGACAUUGACGUUGCUGCUGGAGCCCCCACGGCUGCCUUGACAGCCUACCAGACCAUUUGUCCUCAUGUCAAGAAGGGCGACAAGAUCUUCAUCAACGGCGGCUCCGGUGGCACAGGAACAUUUGGUAUCCAGAUUGCCAAAGCUCUUGGCUGUUUUGUCACCGUCUCCUGCUCCGCUGACAAGGCGGCGCUCUGCAAAGAGCUUGGUGCCGACGAGACUAUCGAUUACACCUCAUGCGACGUCACCCAGAUCCUCAAGGAACGCGGCCAAGUCUACAAGCUUUGCGUCGACAAUGUCGGCAACUCUCCCGCCGACCUCUACACCGAGUCCGAUACUUUCCUUGUCUCCAAGGGCCAGUAUGUUCAUGUUGGCGGUGCCAUGACUCUGGACGGCGCGCGUCGACUCUCCCAGUCCCUGCUCUUGCCAAAGUUCCUUGGCGGCGGCAAGCGCAAGUUCCAGACUUUCCUCGUCAAGAAUGACCACGACGACCUUCAGCAGAUCUCAGACUGGAUAGCUCAGGGCAAGCUGAAGACCAUCAUUGACUCUACUUUUGAGUUUGAUGAAGUUCCCAAAGCCUACCUCAAGCUCAAGGGCGAGCACGGCCAGACGCCAUUUGGCAAGAUUGUCGUUCACGUUGUGCCCAAACCUUGA